CUGCCUAAACAACCAGAUUUACCAAGCGCAAAGAUAACAUUACAUUUUACAAGUAUCUGUAUAUAAUAAAACUGAUAUACAUGUACAUGAAAGGAAAUAAUGCAAAGGACAACAUACACUAAUCCAAUCUAAAAAGGUGAAUAGACAAGGAUUUUAAUACCAGUAUAACCAAUACAUACAAUAUGUAGGAAUAUACAAUAUAAAAUAUAUCUAAAAUUGGAUACAUACUAUAACAAUGGCAUAUUUAGGAGACUUCAAAACCUGGUGUUUAACACAAGGCUUAAAUGACAACACGUUGCAGAUACUGUUAGAUAAAGGUUUCACAAACAUAAACACAUUGAGGCUUGUAACACAGCCUCUUCUUGACACUGAACUAAAGAUUGAACCCCUUGGACAGCAUCUACUACUGAAGGAGGCUAUUCGGAAGCUCUGGUUGACAUCAGCACAUGGAGGGGCUGGAGGAACACCUAUAGGUGGCAGUACUGUCCCUGGGCAAUCAUACAAUGACCCUCCGCCAGCAUAUAAUACACUUGCACUAGCGUUUAACACUAUCAAAAUUGUAAACAUGGCACCAGGAACAGGUGAAUCAUUUCCAAUGGAAACAUUUAGCACAUCUAAAAAUGCCCAACCUCCACUGCCUGGUGUGCAUCCUCUACCAACAAGCAUGGCUGCUUCACAAGCACAAUCAAGUCUUCACCAGCACAAUCAAUCACAAGGCAACCAAUCACUACACAAGGACAAUCAACUGGUACACCAAUACAGACCCCACAAUCAGCUGCGAAAAAAGCAAAUUCCAAAACCUAAGAAUACUGCCAAAGUUGUGCAUGCCCAGGCAACCAUAGAGGAUAAGAUCGCAGUAGCCACAGAACAACACCCACAAAAACACUCAAAAACACAACUAACUGAAGGGGCGACCCCAGCAGCAACUCAUGCUGCUGAAUUCGUGCACACUCAUACAACCAUAGAGGAUAAGAUCACAGUAGCAACAGAGCAACACCCACAAAAACAACCAAAACAGAAACCACAAAUUUCUUAUAAUAAUCCAUACAUUAAAGGAAUGACUGAUCUAACCUGGUUGUCAAUCUUGUUUUGUUUUGCUUUGCUUGGAACAAGUAUAGCAGCAGCGAUUUAUAAAACUUCAACAUGGAAGUAUUUCAAUGGAGCCUGGAGCUUUAUUUUAAUCGUAUUUGCUAUUAUUAAUGAAUGUAAAAUCAAAGACAGUCUACAAGACACUCGAGCAGGAAAUAAAGUUGUCGCGAGAUAUUUCAAGAUUAUGAGUGUCUUUCUUCAUCUGACGCUUCCAAUUUGCUUGGCUAUGAUGGCAAUGGCUGCUUAUGGAAUGUACAUUGAUCGAGAAAUACACAUCUAUGGAAAACCUUGUGAUCAUCACAUUAUAACAAUAAUGUUAGAACUAAAAUGUGAACAUAAUGCCACAAGUGAUACAACACACGCAUAUAUCGUAGGAUGGAAUACUCUUCAAGCAAUACAUACCGCCAAUAUAGUACUAGCUUAUGUUGUAUUUGUUAUAGUCAUAUGGGCACUUUAUGCAAGGUAUGACUUUGUCAAUGGUAGACCACCAAUCACUUUCACAGAUGAUAAAGAAAGGAGAUUCAUCAAAACGAGCUUUUUGUUUAAACUCACUCCUAUAUCUUUUCCAUUUUUAUCCAUCAUUGAGGUGAUAUUCAAGACUUCAAUGUGGCAACUCUUUCUUCCAGCAAUUUCCGGUUGUAUCCUUCUCAUCUCUGGAUUCCAUGCACAUAAUUUACAUUUUCUACCAGAGGGUGUACAGAAAAAGAAGCGAUGUAAACGCCAAAUUGUUUUGUUAAUUUUUUCCAUGCUUGCCUGCAUAGCAAUGGUAUGUGUUCAUGUGAGUGGUUUGUUUCUAGAUAAUGACAUUCAUGAAUAUGGGAUCUCUUGUGAUGAGGACUAUAUUAGAUAUUUUGAUUAUACAUGUGAACUUGAAAAGACUGCUGAUGGAUCUGACUUCAUAACACAUGCUUAUCUAAGUCAUGAGAAUCUAAAUUAUAAACAAGUGAUCCAUUUAUGUAUUGUGGUUUUAGGAGGACUACACAUUAUGUGUCUCUUUUAUGCAGUCAAUGCAGGUGUUUCAUUUUGGAAGAAAAAUGAAGCAAAAUUCAAUCUAAAGGAGAGUGAACAAAUAUGAGGUCCAAGGGUGUAGCCAGGUUUCAGUCAGGGGGGGUGCGAUUAUGGCAUAAACAAGCCAAAAUUUUAAGAUUUAUCUUGAAUUUUACAAAAUUUGAUGCAACUUCCUUCAAAGU